UAGAUCGAUUACUACACUUUUGGGACAAUUGUGGAGAACUAUGGCUAAAAUCGGGCUUCUAGCAGUAGGAAUUUUCCUAAUUGCUUCUGUUAAAGGAUUUCCUCAAAAGUCCGACUUGCCCUUUGAACAUGGAGAACAAAAUAGGCUAGCUGGUGAUUGGGAUGAUGGUGAUGGCGGGGAUGACUUUCAAUGCCACAUAUUGUAUGAAUACGAUGCCACGAACAAAGUAACCGUCACCAGUCCUUACUAUGGAAAGCGGCCUGAAUAUCACAAUGGAUUGUGGUGCGAGUACAGAAUACGAUCCCCACCAGGAACUCGAAUUAAGAUGACUUUUGAGGACUUCGAUCUACAAGCCUCAGGUAGUUGCAUGCAAGACAGGCUAGUCAUUUACGGUAAAGACAAGGAGUCCGUUUUGGGCAUCUUCUGCGGAUCCCAGAAACCCUACCCUAUUCUUUCGAACGAAGGUGAAAAUGAAAUUCGACUACUGAUACAGACGGAUUUCAUGGCAGGAGGAAGAGGAUUCGUUGCAACUUUCGAGUCUGGAAUUAACCUCGGUCUUUGCGAGUCGGGAUACACUGUCUGCAGUAACCGUAACUGUUACAAGAACGAAAAGAAAUGCGAUGGAGUUGAUGAUUGUGGCGAUGGAACAGAUGAAGAAAAUUGUGGUUUCCCAAUUGUCACAUCGCCUUCUGAGUGCGGAGUUACUCCCAUAAAACCAAAUACAAUCUUCAACGGUUCAGAUCGCAUGGUAGGAGGAGAUAUAGCUCGACCCAACAGCUGGCCUUGGCAAGCAUCCCUGCAGAUGUCCUGGAGCGAACCCAAUGGACACUUUUGCGGCGGGACUCUUAUCAAUGCCCAAUGGGUUUUGACUGCUAGUCACUGUAUUGCUGGGAGGGCGCCUGAUGGUGUCAAAGUUCACUUGGGUGCGCACAGCCCUCUGAAUAAGACGAAAUAUGAGCAGGUUAGGAGAGCAAUAAAAAUCAUCGCCUAUCCUGACCUAGAAGGAGAAGAUACAAUGCGGUUUUCAUUUACCCAUGACAUAUCCCUGGUCAAACUUAAUGCUCCAGUGCAAUUCAAUGAUGGUGUUCAGCCCGCUUGUUUGCCGAGUUUAGGUACGACGUUAACACCCGGAAUGGACUGUUACGUCACAGGAUGGGGCGAGACGAGAGGUACUGGAGGCUCAGCAGCACUCAAGCAACAGUUGCAGAAGGUGCAGUCUACAGCGACUUGCAGUUAUGACGUGAAGACACAAAUUUGUGUUGCUAAUCCAAAGGCUUCUCCAUGUCACGGUGACAGCGGCGGACCCUUUUCUUGCAAACAAGGAGACAAAUGGUUUGUCCAUGGAGCUGCUAGUUUUGUAACCACUACAAACAUGAUGACGGGUUUAUGCACAGGACCCGAGUCAAUGAGUGUCUAUGCAAAUAUAGCCGAUAAAGUGGAUUGGGUGCGAACCACUGUUGAUAAAUAUUCAUAAAAUACUUGAUUAGUAGCACCCAUCGAUUGCUGAAACCAACGAAAAAAUAUGGGAAAAAAAAAUCUGGUUUUAUCAGUAAAUAUUAUGAAUAAAAGGAUU